AUGAGCUCGGGUGACUUGCUUUCCAAAGAGCCUCCAUCGCUUCCGCUGCCCGUCGUAUGUUUCUGGGGGUUUACUGUGGUCUCUCUCUCGCUCCCCCCCCCCACACACACCGCCCAGGCGCCGGAGGUCAUUCGGAUGCAGGACAAUAAUCCGUACAGUUUCCAGUCAGACGUCUACGCCUAUGGGAUCGUCCUUUACGAGAUCAUGACGGGCACGCUGCCCUAUUCGCACAUUAACAACCGAGACCAGAUAAUAUUUAUGGUGGGCCGCGGCUACCUGACCCCCGACCUCAGCAAGGUCUACAGCAACUGCCCAAAGGCUAUGAAGAGGCUCCUUGUGGACUGCAUCAAGGUGAAACGUGAUGAGCGGCCGCUGUUCUUCCAGAUCCUGGCCUCCAUCGAGAUGCUGCAGCACGCGCUGCCAAAGAUCGAGCGCAGUGCCUCAGAGCCCUCGCUGCACCGUGCCGUGCAGAGCGACGACGUCAACCCCUUCGUGCUGACCGCCUCCCGCCUUAUGCCUUCCUGAGAGUCGGCCCUAGCCCCCUCUGCCCACCUGGUGCCCGGGGAGUGGGAGGGAGAGGAGGGGGAGUACCUGCAGGAUCCCGGGGCAAUCCGCUGCAACUCGCCUCCUCUCCCGUCCCACACCCCUGGCUUCCUGACCCUCGCAGGAGGUCAGUGCGCGAGCCUCGGGGAAGCGCGAUCUGGAGGACGGUCCUUCCUCCGCUUCCUGGUGCCAGUGGGGGCCAACUUCCCUCAUUUUGGGCAGAGACAAGCAGGGCACCUUCUCGCGUACGGAUUCACCGAACUGUUCACAAACUGUUUCACGCAAAAGCCGGAAAGGCAAGCAGCCCUGCGUUGGGUGGGGUGAGGGCACCCUUUGGACGCCCAUUGGCGUCUCUAGGCUUGCUCCAGACUUUGAGACAUGGAAUUUCUUCACGGGAUUGCUUUGGCUGGAGGGGGGGGCGGGAUCGCGCAGGGGCAGUGGUGUGACACAACCCUUUCUCCGCCUUGCCCCCUUCUCCUCACGGCUGCAGGGUCCAAAGGUAUCGCCAGGGGCCUGUAGAGGUGGGAGCCCAGCUAGGCCUCGGGCCCAUGUGGGUGCCCCUCCCCGGCUGGUACCUCUCUUCUGUUCUGUCUGUUUUUUUUUAAGAAAAAGAAUAAAAAACAACGCCGUGGUUUGGUUUUUA